AUGGUAGAAACCACCCCAGCCAACGUCUUUCCCCCCGGUAUCAAACCCUUCGCAGAGAGAAAAUAUCCAGGCGUCAUUUGUAUGUUCGACGUAGAUGAUACUCUCACACCCCCAAGACAGAAAGGGACUCCAGAGAUGAUUGCUGCUCUUCGAGAACUCAGAGAUCUGGUGGCUACCGCUUUCGUGGGUGGUAGUAACCUCGAGAAGAUUACUGGUCAACUGCACGUUGAGGGGCAAGAAGUUCUCAACUCUUUCGACUACUGUUUCGCUGAAAACGGUCUUAUUGCAUACAAACUUGGUCGGGAACUCGAUUCCGCCAGUUUCAUAAAAUACGUCGGUGAAGAGAAUUACAAAACCUUGGUAAACUUUAUCUUGAAGUAUUUGAGCGAAGUGGAUUGUCCAGUGAAACGAGGAACUUUCAUCGAAUUUCGAAAUGGUAUGAUCAACAUUUCGCCUGUAGGACGUAAUGCUUCGCAACCGGAAAGAGAAGCUUUCCAAGAGUAUGAUAAAAUCCACAACAUUCGUCCCAAAAUGGUCGAAGCUCUACGAGAGAAGUUUGCUCAUUUGAAUUUAACCUACUCUAUCGGUGGACAAAUCAGUUUUGAUGUAUUCCCAACUGGUUGGGACAAAACUUAUUGUCUCCGACAUGUAGAAGAUGAAGGAUUUAAAGAGAUUCACUUUUUCGGUGACAAGACAUACAAAGGUGGUAACGACUACGAAAUCUAUACUGAUCCCCGUACUAUCGGACAUUCAGUCAAAAACCCCGCCGAUACCUUGAAACAGCUACACGAAUUGUUUUUAUCCAAAGAGUGA